AUGAGAGCGGUGAAGUUUGGCCGAAUGUCAAAGAAACAGCGGGACAGCCUGUUCGCGGAGGUGCAGCGGCACCAGCAGCUGUCUCAGGAGUGUCUGGCGGGUUUGGGUGGUGGUCUGGCACCGCGUGACCAUGAAGAGAUGGAUGAAGACAUCACGCACAGCCGGCCGUACAGCAGUGGAGGCUCCAGCUCCACCCUCAGUGACCUGGACGACAUCGCCACGCUGCCUGACGGUUUGCUCUUUGACCUGCCGCUCAGCCCAGAGGAGGCAGGCGAGUACUGCACUCUGGAGAUGCUCGGGGGCGGCGGUGGGUUUGGGAGUGCUGGAAGUGGAAGUUCGUCCAAUCGGAGCUCUCCAGAGCCCAGCGCUGUAGAUUUGGCAGAAGCAGCAAGGGUGAAGCAUGAGUAUAUGCUGCCUGAAAACAGUCUUUUUACGCAUUCUUUCCUGGGAUCUCUACCAGACAACUGCUCUCUACAUGACAUAGAGCGAAUCACUCAAAAUGUUGUGAAGUCUCACUUGGAGACGUGUCAGUACAGCACAGAAGAGCUGAAAAAACUCAUCUGGAACCUCUACACACCUGAAGAAACCCGCAGCUUUCAGAUCAAGCAUGGUAACCAGUAUAUGCAUGUCUUUGUAGGGUGUGAUGACCUGGUGAACGCUGUCUUUGAAUUGGCUAAAAGUCUGAGCCGUCUUCAGCUGAGUGAGGAGGAAAUGGCUUUAUUCAGCGCUGCGGUCCUGCUGGCUCCGGAUCGGCCGUGGUUGACAGAGUCUCAGCAGGUGCAGAAGCUCCAGGAGAAGGUUUACGUGGGUCUUCAGCACAGCCUGCACAUGAACAGAGCCACUACUGAGAAACUGGAUAAGAUGGUGGUCAAACUACCGCAGAUGAAGUCCAUCUGUAACCUGCAUAUUGACAAGCUGGAGUUCUUCCGCCUGGUUCACCCAGAAACAGCGUACAGCUUCCCGCCUCUGUACAGGGAAGUGUUUGCCAGUGAGAUCAACUUCCCUGACUCCACCAACAGUUAGAGAGUGGGAAAAAGAGGGAGAUAGUGAGGGAGAGAAUGACAGAGUGUGAAGGGGAAAUUACGAGUGUGUUAAAGCCAUUUACAUGUCAUGGCAUCAUUACGAGAUGCCAUGACAUGUAAAAAAACAGCAUUUCAAACAAACACAUUUUAAAAACCUCCAGGGAGAAUCCUCAGUCUGUUGCAGCACUAUUAGCAUACAUACAUACACACACACACACACACACACACACACACAAUACACUACAAACACACACUUAACCUGCUGCGCAAAUGCUCAUACACAAACAUAGGGGCCAACAAAAUAUUUCAGAUUCGACAACACACAAAACAUUGGGAUUAUUCGUAUUGAAAUUAUUUCUGGAGUUGCGCUCUCAAAUCCAUUUUUAUUUUAUGGAAACACUCUGAAAUUAUCUUUUAUGUACAGAUGUAUGCUUGCAAAAGCCUUUGUCCCAACUUGUUGAUGUCUAAGCAUGGCACUAUUCCUUCUGCAUCUAUACAAAGAUAUAUUUAAAGGAGUUUUUAUGAGAGGUUUUAUAAUUUACAGGAUCAAACUCUCUUCCACGUGAACAUUCAGGAGAGCACAACACUUUUUAAUGAAGCGACUACAACAUACUAGGUGACCGUCACCUGUUCUUCCCCACCAAAUCACUCUUAAAGCACUAAUAUCACUUUUUUUCCCUCCCUCUCCCCUCAUUUUUUGACCCUCAGACGAGUCAUGAAUGUAUCCCAAAAGCACUUAUUUUGAUAUGAGACCGAAUGUACACAAUGCACUUUUGGUCUUGCGUUAUGCUUUAUGAGACUUUAUGACAAUCCCCCAAAAAAUUAUGUGCCCAGAUUGUUUAUUAAAAAUGAAGGGACCAAUGUUACAAGUACUACAGGAACGUUCCACAUUAAAUACAAGUCAAGCUCAUUUAAUCAAUAAUAAAUAAUCAUUUUGAAAUGAAUAUAUUUAGAAAAAAUGUUUUCACAAAUAAUUUUGAAUCAUCUCAGCAAAGUAUUGACAGAAAUGCACUUAUCGUGGAAGUCUAUGGGGCAGUUUAACUUGUAUUUAACCUUGAAUAUUCCUUUACAGAUAUUUAAACAAACCAGUUUUUAGUCAUCCACCUGGUAAUCACUAUAAGCAUGCAGUCAUGGCCAAAUGUUUGUGAACGCCUUGUUUUGUUACAAUAACGCAAUGAAAAAAAUCCUCACUUUAACAGUUAUUUACAUGACCUCAUACCUCAUAUUCAGCAGAAUUUGUCACAUUAAGUACAGUAUUAGACUCUAGUAAACAACUUCUUAUAUGCAAAACAUAUUCAACAGAAUACAGUCUUAUUUAUAAGGGAUUUGCAAAUUAUGGCAUGACUAUAAAGAAUAGAGUGCAUUAGUGCCCGUCCAAUUUUAGCGAUUUGGUCUUUGUUAAAGCGUUACAAGCCAUGAACCAAACCAACAAGCUACAAGGAGAAUUACAACAUUACAAACUUUUAGUUGAAGCAAAAAAAAAUUAAAAGGGGCAAAAACACAGGUACAAGAUUGUAUUAAUGUCUUUAGUGAGGGGGAAAAACUACAAAUCCAUGAAGCACUGCGAUUGACAAUCGAGUUAAUGAUGGUGAAAUAAAAAACGAUUUAUUUAAAGUUUUGGAUUGAAUUAAUAGAAACGAUAUAUUUUAAGUUUAUUUCAAAAUAUGCAUGCACAUUCAUAAAUAUUUAAGUAUUUUGACUGACUCGUGUCAUUUGCGUUCCCUGCAAGCUCUUUUGCUGAGAUUUGCUGGGUGCGACUCUGAUUUGUGAGAUUGUCUGCAUAGCAUCAUGGGUAAUGUAGCUUCUCAUUACAAAUUCCACUGUUAAAUAUGACUAUAUGACUAACAGAUGGUUGUAACAAAAGAAUAGACUAUCAAUUAACAACCUCGCUGCUCACAACAGUUCUGUUAUUGUUAACAUUUUUCAGUUUUUACUUCCGGAACCAGACUGUCACACUCUGUCGGCAAAUAGAAUAUUUGACACAGUUGUUCCACCCACACAUGCUCUUGUUUGCUCAGGCACAUUUUGACAGUGUUUGGUGCUGCACCUUAUUUUUGAAUUUCAUUUUUAAGAUUUUUUUUGUCGUUUUAAUGCAAUGAGAAA